GUCCCAAAUGGCAGGCAUGGUCCGAAGCUAUUUCGACAGCCAGAAGCGCAGGCAGGGAGGCAGUUGGCACAAAUAAUCGUGGAUCAGCUAACAAGUCACUGGCUUCCAGGGACAAUCGCGGCCUAUUCUUCCAUGAGAAAACGAUUCCAGGAUUUCGCAACAACGUUGAAGAUCGAUAAAUCACAUCUGGGAAAAAUACGGAAUCUUUUUCUGGCCCAUUUGAUCAAUGAGAAUCAGUUAAAAGCUCUCCCAAUGGCGGUAGCCGCGCUCAACUUCUUCUAUGGGCACCUAGAAAGGGGAGAAGCGGACCUCCAGAAGCUCCUCAUUGAUUCGGCCAAGAAGCAAACCCCUGCGGUAAGGCACAAGGAGAAGGCUACCGAUGAAGAUAUCGAUAGAGUGGUAAACUGGGCCCUGAAUAUCGAUACUCCUAAGACGAUAGAGGAUUCUUGCAUCAUAUUAUUGUCGUUCAUAGCUUUCCUCAGGAUUAGCGAGACAGCAGCCGUGCGAAAGGAACAUCUCGAAAGGAAAAGUACCGAAGUCUGGUGGCUGCUUAUUCCGAAAUCGAAAACAGAUCAGAUAAAAAGGGGUACGACCGUGGCAUUCAGAGUGCAGGGCAAUCGUGCGGUUCUCUGGAAUAAGUUCAUGGACCGUUUUCUUUUCGACGCGAUUCCGCGACAGCCCCUUCUAAAGUCCGAUUCGUUGCGAAGACGGAUAAAAGAUGUUCUUCGAAGUUGCGGUCUGCAUGAUAGAGGCCUAACAUCGCAUUCAUUCCGUGGUGGAGCAGCAACGGCUGCUAUGAGAAGAGGAGUUAAAUAUGAGGACAUAAAAAGAGUAGGACGAUGGAAGUCCUCAAACUCAAUGAUGUAUUAUUUGGAGCCAACGCCGAUAUAA